AUGGCUUUUCCAAACCCAUCCAUGUCAGUUUCUCCACAGCGGAAGAUGGGAAGGGGGAAGAUUGAGAUCAAGCGGAUUGAGAACACAACCAAUCGCCAAGUUACCUUCUGCAAACGCAGAAACGGCUUGCUCAAGAAAGCAUAUGAAUUAUCUGUGCUUUGUGAUGCAGAGGUAGCUCUAAUCGUCUUCUCUAGCCGUGGCCGUCUCUAUGAAUAUGCUAAUAACAGUGUGAAAGCUACUAUUGAGAGGUACAAAAAAGCGUGUUCAGAUUCGUCCGGUGCUGGAUCUGCUUCUGAGGCUAAUGCUCAGUUUUACCAGCAAGAAGCAGAAAAACUUCGUGCACAAAUUAGUAACCUGCAGAAUAACAACAGGCAAAUGAUGGGUGAGUCUCUGGGCUCUUUGACUGCCAAGGAUCUCAAAAACCUGGAGACAAAAUUAGAAAAAGGAAUUAGUAGGAUUCGUUCAAAAAAGAAUGAGCUGCUAUUUGCUGAAAUUGAGUACAUGCAGAAGAGGGAGAUAGACUUGCACAACAACAACCAGCUUCUUCGAGCAAAGAUAGCUGAAAGUGAGAGGAGCCACAGUAUGGGUGUGUUGCCUGGAGGAACAAGCUAUGACUCCAUGCAGUCUCAGCAGCAAUUUGACUCUCGUGGCUACUUCCAAGUGACUGGAUUACAACCCAAUAAUCAGUAUGCACGACAAGAUCAGAUGUCCCUUCAAUUAGUGUAA